UACACGUGUUUCCCGCGUUCCAAUUUUCAGUCUGUUGUUUCUUCAAGGGAGCAGUAUAGUGAAAUGAAUACAGAAGAUGCAGAGGAUUCAGAUUUGAACGACAUUCAUAAAAUUGAAAUCGCUCUUGCUGGCACGUCUAGCAGAGAUAAUGACUCUGAGUACUACGUUCGCUGUGAUAGUGGUGAUGGCUAUUCACCAAGUGAGGCAAGUAGUUAUCAGCAACAUUUGACUCCAUCCCAUCCUGACAACACAUUCUCAAUAUUUGAAGAGCUGACGUCUGAGUGUGUGGAAGAAGACCGAAUAGUAAUAUCUGAGUUGGAACCCAGUUAUGAAAAUGCACUGUGUCUCAACAGAGCCUAUCAGUCAAUGUUGUUUGAGCUUUCUCAGCAACUGGAAGUUUUACGGAAUGUUAACGAGCACAAACAAAAAAUCUUGCUUACUGAAAUAGAGAUCCUUAAAGCCAAAUGUACAAAGAAACCAGGAAAGAAGACAAAGAAGAAAGCAAUCACGUUUUCCUGUUUUGGAAUGCCAUACUUCAAAGAUGAAUCAUAUAAUAGUCCUCCAUUGAAUUCAGAUGCCAAGUUAGCCUGCAAUCUGGGCUAUAGAAACAUUUCUUUGAUACUGAUGAAUAAGCCUUUUUCAAAGUUCGAAAUUCGAAAGCUUCGCAAAGGAUUAAAAGACCAAGCGAUUGUAUUGGAAUCUACUCGUCUAGUCGGUAUUAGAGACAAAUUGCAAGAACAACUGCAACAAUCUUCCGUUUCUGAAGAAGAAAAACCAGCUAUUCAAAAUCAAAUCCAGCCUAUUCAGCGUCAAAUAUAUGAAGUCCGUUCUUUACCCGAUGAAAUACUUAUGAAUGUGUCCCCAGGAUCAUUCGACUGGAUCAAAAUAUCUAUUCAAUCAUUUUUUAGAUCACGUACUCCAGAUCAAUUAAGGCUUCAUUGGUGGCAUUAUCUUCGCCCUGGAGUCAAUACUCGUGCCUGGACACAUGAAGAAAACAGGAUGCUGAAGGAAUUGAUUAAGGACAAAGACAAUGGAAUAGAUUGGAACGAAAUAGCAAAGAAUUUAAAUAAGGGUCGGACACCGUUUGAUUGCUUCCGGCACUAUCAAGAAAAAUUCAACCUUGAAAUUAGAAGGUUUGGUUGGACAAACGAAGAUAACGUCUUGCUGCUCAGUCUCAUCGGCAGCUUCCAUGCUGAAAACAUGAGUGAUAUCUAUUGGGAGGAAGUAAGGCGAAAUUUUCCUGGGAAAUCGAAAGCGCAGAUUUACGCGCACUUCCGGUAUCAUCUCUACACGCUUGAUCCCAGCCCGUUCGCUGCACAUGAAGAUAUCGCUAUUUUAGAAGGCAUUAAAAUGGGAUAUGGUUUCGCAGACAUAUCACUGGUCCUUGGGAGGCGAAGCAUUGCUCAAAUCCGCAAUCGAUACAAAAUUAUUCAAAAGAGAGGAACAGCAUUGGAAAAGGAUUGGACAGAGAAAGAGAACAACAUGCUUCUAGCCAUGCCUGACGCCAGUAAGUUACGUGCUCAUGUCAUGCGAAGAGAUUUUCCAGGUCGCACGUUUGCACAGCUUUUCAGUAGAUAUCAUUAUUUACGAAUGAAGUCAACAUCACCUAAGAAAUACAUUGAAGAUCUUAAGAAUAAAAGAAUGUACUCACAGAAAAGUUGGUUCCCAAAAGAAAACCGGAAGGUCGCUAGCAAGAUUGUCAGCAUGAUGUCUUCCCACGGUUAUAAGCACCACGUAGUUGGAUCCAUGUCGAAAACUCUCCCGAUGUUGAAGAACAGUUUACUGAAUUUCUCUAAAGAACGUAACUUGAUUAUAAGAGGUAAAUUACUCCACCCCAAUAUUCGAGUUCGACAUAUCAGAUGCAAACGAUCAGUGCAGAAGAAAGAGAAAGAACUGAAAGCAAUUCUGUGCCCACUGUUGCCUUCGAAUGUAAAACGGCCAAGAAAAUUAUGUUUUCCCGGCGAUGGAAGAGAACUUGGUAUCACUUUCACAAGUAUAUACCGUUUGUUGCAAUGCAAUUUCACGCGUGCACCUGAAAUGGAGGAAAUCACCGAAGAAAAUUGCGAAGAAUUCGGAGUAGUCUACGAGAAUUGUUUGCCUUUCCAAGAACUUUUGAAUUUAACCAAAAAUCUCCCUGUAUCUGAGCUUUCGGCUCGUACCCAACAGUUGCAUUGGCUGCCUCCUUCACUGGGCACUUUGACUGGAUAUCGUGGACUCGAGCUCCAUCGAGCUUACUUACAUGCAUGUGCGAGCGCUCCGUUUGUGACAGAAAGCAAUACUGCGACGAUUACAGAAAUACCUGAUGAACCGACUCCAGGGCCUAGUGGAUACCAAUCCGACGUGAUGCCUCGAACGAUGAAUGGGGAAGAAAAAGCGAUCGCAUCUGGAGGCAACGUUCAACAAGGAAACAAUCCCGUUUUGGAAGCACCGUUGACUUUGACCGAAAGGUCGGAAAUAAAGCAGAGCUCUGGAAAAACUGCAAACUCAAGUGGAAUAACUAAUCGACUUGUACCUGAAAACGAUGAUCGAAAUUCCGUUGGAGCAUCUAUUCAAGUUGAAAAUGAGACGAGUUCGGAAAUGGAAACGGAUGACGAAGAUGAAAUGGAAGAAGAUGAAAUGGAAGAAGAUGAGAUAGAAGAAGAGGAGAUGGAAGAAGAAACUCCAGAACCACCGGAAGUGCCUAAUGAUGUUUAUUUUGGAGACCGAAUCGCAGAUAGUCUACUGCUCGCACGUUUGACGACACUCUUCUUCUGGUCUGGCAUCAUGGGCAGCAUGUAUGCGUCAGACGUGUCAAAUCAAACUAAGGCACAAGAAACAACUACUAACGAUCCGCCUCAUACUGAUUCGACAAAGGCUACUAAGACGAAGGGCGUUAAGAAAAAGAUGAGUAAACAAGAAAUGAAGAGAUUGAGAAACGAGAACAUUCGCCGGAUCGUUUUAAAACGUUACGGCAAAUGUAAAUCAUUGGAAAUGCCCGUUACUUCAACGGCUGGGAACGGAGAGAACUUAGGAGAUGCAAUACCGCCAACAAGCGCUGAGCCUACUGAAGUAGUAGAUGUGGAGGACAACCCGCCGCCUGCGAAGAAAUCGAGGAAAACACCGAUACGAAGAGGACAAAUAAAUGUACCUAAAAGCGACCGCGUGACUCGUCAUUCCAAGAAAUUAUGCCAAGAUGUUGGCAAUUGA